AUGGCAGAGCAGCAGCAGCAGCACGCGCCAGGCGGCCACUAUUCGGGCGCCAAUCCGGUCCCGACUGUGAAGAAGUUUAUCCAGAACCUUGACAAGGACAAGGCCGAGCGGGAUCGCAAGCUGGACGAGCAGGACAGGGAGAGAAAGAAGCAGGCCGCAGCGACCGGAGAAGCCCUCCCCCACAAACCACAAAAGGCGGGGCUUGAGGGCACCCAGAAAGUUGUCACGGAUCCCACCACGGGCAGGGAGGUCACUAUCGAGGAUGUUAGCAAGUCGAUGAUGGAUCAGGUCGAGAAUCCUCAGCUUUCAGUGCCCAAUGCCAACCUCCAAAAGCCCACACCCAUAAAGACCGAUCCCAGCCAACCGUUAGCGGAAUACAAGCACAAUCAAGAUGUCACCGCCCCUCCUGAUCCAGUCGCCGAAGGCACAACUUCCGACGUGCCCAUUCAUGGCGAGAAGACCAACAUCUUGUUCCAUCCCACGCCGUCUGUUAGCUAUGAGCCCACAUUCGCCGCUCUGGAGAAGCGAGCCACGGUCCUAUGUGUUGGCAUACUAGUAGCCACUGUUGUCGUCGGCAAGAUGUUCGGUGGCAGAUUGUUGGGUCUCGUGCCUCUCGGCAUGUGUCUGUCGUCAGGAGUAUUCUUGUGGGUCAAGGAGGUUAUCCGUAGUGGAAGGGAAGUUGAGUGGGACAGCGAGAAGACGCGGGGGCAGAUGGCCACCGCAAACCUGCUCCCUGAGUCUGUCGAAUGGAUGAACACAAUGCUCGGCAUUGUGUGGGGACUGAUCAACCCCGAUAUGUUCCAAGGUGUAGCUGACAUGCUCGAAGAUGUCAUGCAGGCCUCCGUCCCCGGUGUUAUCGAGAAUGUCCGAGUUGCCGAAAUCAACCAGGGAAGCAACCCAUUGCGGAUUCUUAGCUUGAGGGCUCUCCCGGACUCUCACAUGUCAGAGAUGAAGCAAUCCAUCCACGAAGAAAAUAAGAAGACGAAAGACCCCCAAGAAGCUGCCGCAGACGAAGAAGGAGGUGAUUACUAUAACCUGGAAGUGUCAUUCGCAUACCACGCUCAGCCGAGCGGCAAGCGAGCAUCCGACCGGGCGCGCAACAUGCACAUGCAAUUGAUAUUCUACUUGGGGAUCAAGGGUCUCUUUGGUGUUCCGUUGCCAAUCUUCGUCGAGCUUCAAGGACUUGUUGGCACAGUGCGAUUACGAUUGGCUAUGACUCCCGAACCUCCGUUCUUGAAGACAUUGACUUUCACGCUGAUGGGCACCCCUCAAGUCGAGGCAGGCUGCAUCCCCAUGGUCGAGAAAGGUGUUAAUAUUCUCAACCUGCCCCUGAUCAGCAACUUCGUCAACUAUGCUAUCAAAGCAGCAGCGAGCAUGUAUGUUGCUCCGAAAUCAAUGUCACUUGAUAUGCGCGCCAUCCUCCAGGGCGACUCUAUCCAGAAGGACACUGAGGCUCUCGGUGUUAUGUGGAUCCGGAUCCACCGCGCGGUUGGCCUCAGCAAGCAAGACCGACGCGGUUCAAAACACGGUGGAAGCGACCCGUAUAUCACACUGGCGUUCAGCAAGUACGGAAAGCCUAUGUAUUGUACGCGCGUUAUCACCGAUGAUCUCAAUCCUAUCUGGGAAGAGACCACGGCACUCCUCGUCACUCCGGAACUCAUCAAAGCGAACGAAAACCUUAGUGUCGAACUGUGGGAUUCAGACAGGCACACCGCCGAUGACAUUGUCGGAAAGGUUGAGCUUUCGAUGCAAAAGAUGAUCCAGCACCCAGGAAAGAUGUACCCUCAAACUUCCAAGCUUGCGGGUAUGGAUGCAGACAGCGAAAUGCCGGGCGAACUUCAUUGGGAAGUCGGUUACUUCGGCAAACCAAAAUAUCGUCCGGCUCUGAGGACCGACGGUAAGAACCGCGCUCUUCCAGACGAACUGAAAGACGAUCCUGCUCUGCAAGACGAGAAGGGUGUCAUCAAUAACGAACAGGACGACGCAGUUAUGCACACACCUCCGGAUCCGCUUUGGCCAAGCGGUAUCUGCAGCGUUAUCGUCCAUCAAAUCGUAAACCUCGAACUUGAUAAUAUCCAGGGUACGAGUGGCUCCCGCAAGGGCCGCGAGUUUGAGCCGGCGAAGCCUUACGGAGAAGCCACCGAAGAGACAGGUGGCGAUCUACCCACUAGCUACUGCACCAUACUGUACAACGAUGAAUUGGUCUACAAGACACGUUCCAAGGCCGUAUCCUCGCAGCCUAUCUUCAACGCCGGUACCGAACGAUUCAUCCGUGACUGGCGAUCUGGAAUCGUCACUGUCACUGUUCGCGACCAGCGCAACCGUGAACACGACCCGAUCCUUGGUGUUGUCCCACUGAAGCUUUCCGAUGUCCUCGAGACGUCGUCGCAGGUCACACGAUGGUACCCGCUCGAUGGAGGUAUUGGAUUUGGCCGUGUCCGCAUUUCCUUGCUCUUCCGCAGCAUCGAGACGCGUCUACCUCCUCAUAUGCUCGGCUGGGAUGUCGGCAGCUUCGAGUUCUCAUCUGAUCGUAUCCUUGCAGUUGGCUAUGGUCACGCCGCGAAGCUCAAGUUGCGAACAGGCGGCAGCACCGGUAAGAUCGGUCGGUCCGGAGCUCAGAAGCUCGAUGAAGGCGAUGGGUACUACUGGGACCUCAAAGCGGACAAUGGUAAGCACAAUGUUCGCAUGCCGGUCAAGCACCGUUACAGAUCGCCCAUCGUUUUCGAAUUCCAUGUUGCGAACAAGCGCAAGGCAGCCGCGUACGCUAUUAUCUGGCUGCAGCAUUUCAUCGACAAUGAGGAUGCCGACAUCAACAUUCCUAUCUGGACGACGUCUAACCCCGCACGACUCACUCAGAACUAUAUCACCGAGGACAACUGCCAUAACGAGCCUGGACUCGAGGAUCUCCAAGAGCUCGGACGUCUGCAAUUCCGCGCACGGUUCAAAGCCGGCAUGGACGAGUCGCACGAGCAAUUCAUCGUGGACAAUGCAUCUCGCGAGACGUACGAGACCUGGGAGGCCUGCCUCACCGAAGGCGUGCGCACCCGCAAGGUUGAGAAGGAGCUCCCAGAGCGCAUCCAACAGCUGCACAACGAAUCGCUCACCGAAGGCCGCGAUAUCCUCAAGAACGCCGACCCAGAGGAGAAGAGGAAGUGGCUCGCGAAAGACGGUAUCGAUUGGUCCGGCGCUUUCGGCCAGGACCCUAAGGCCUAUCUUGAUACAAAGGGGAAGAAGAGGAGAGAGCCUGGUAGAGACGAGCCGCUUCACGACCCCUACCAUCCCUCUGAUGACGAGGAUCAUGAUGAUUCGGGGUUGGAUUCAGAGUCUUCGUCUGAUAUUGGAGUAGAAGAUGCGGAUACCGCUGGCCACGCCGGUAACAUGUCCGGCGGGCCCGGCGGUGGCAAACAAGCUCGCAAAGGCAACACGGAUGGCAAAGAUCAAAGCACCGGUCAGAACGGGAACCAGAACAGCAACGGAAAUGGGCCGAAUGGACACCUCAAACAUCAGGAAACCGACCUGUCGCCUACUUCGCCGACUUCGACUCGCGGUCCGCGCAUGUCACAGUCCACGGCGCGCACCGACACCACGGCCGAUUCUAGUGGUGGUAAUCUGUCGCCACAGAGCAGCAAGAGCAUUAACAAGCAGAAUAAGCGUACAGAGGAGCGCAAGCAGCGCGGCAUGAUGCAGUGGAAACCCGCGCGCAAUGCGAAGUUUGCAAAGGACCAGGCGAAGCUUGGUAUGGCAAAGCUGAAGAAAAAAGUCACGGGCGACCUGGACGGCAGACAGCCAGGUGUUGAGACUGAAACUGGGACUUAA